ACUAGAAAGCAGCUAUAGGGAGUGGUGAAAAGAGAAAAAAAACGAGCAAUGCUUUUGCACAAAAAAACAUAUAUUUGAAGUUCAUAGUAAUUUCUUCCCACUAUCAUUUACAUUUGGUUCCAGACUCCAUUAACAUUUUAUUUUAUACUAAAUGUGGAUCAAGGUCCAUUUGCCACACUCAAAAUGGCGACAGAACCUAACCAUUCCUGACCAACUUUACGCAGGUGCCUGUGUUAACGUUUGUCCUCCUCUACCUUGUCAAUUUGGAAAGGACUCUACGGAGGCCUGGGUCACGGAUCUCCAGCAUUGUAAAUUACAGCUACUCAGUGCCAUGAUGAGAAGCGCGGUGUGCCGUCUGCUGGUCAACCCCCAGAGAUGUGCCAUCAUUUCAGCAUCAAUAUCACAGGGAUCAGCAGCGCCUGCACAAAAGGAUGCAGAGAAAGCUAGUGAGAAGAAAGCUAAAGCACCCAAGGUUCAGUUUAACUGGCGGGAUGGCCUGGAGCUGGAGGGUCAGCUGACUGAGGAUGAGAUCAUGAUCCGAGACUCGUUCCGGGAUUACUGUCAGGACAAACUCAUGCCCCGCAUUCUGAUGGCCAACAGAAAUGAAGUGUUCCAUCGAGACAUUGUGUCAGAGAUGGGGGAGCUGGGUGUCCUGGGCCCAACCAUUAAAGGCUAUGGCUGUGCUGGGACGAGCUAUGUGGCCUACGGUUUGAUCGCAAGGGAAGUGGAGAGGGUGGACAGCGGCUACCGCUCUGUCAUGAGUGUGCAGUCCUCCUUGGUCAUGCACCCUAUCUACGCGUACGGUACCGAAGAGCAGAAGGAGAAGUGGCUGCCCAGGCUGGCUCGCGGAGAGAUCCUGGGCUGUUUUGGGUUGACUGAGCCCAACCACGGCAGUGACCUCAGUGGCAUGGAGACCCGGGCUAAGUUCAACCCCUCCAGCCGCACCUUCACUCUCACUGGCUCCAAGACCUGGAUCACCAACUCCCCUGUGGCGGACAUCGCUGUGGUCUGGGCCAAGUGUGACGAUGGGAAGGUGAGUGGCUUCAUCCUGGAGCGCGGUAUGAAGGGCUUCACCACACCCAAGAUCGAGGGCAAGUUUUCCCUGAGGGCAUCUGCCACUGGCAUGAUCAUCAUGGAUGAGGUGGAGGUUCCUGAGGAGAACCUGCUGCCCAAAGUCUCUGGCAUGGGGGGUCCCUUUGGUUGCAUGAACAAUGCCCGGUAUGGCAUCGCCUGGGGUUCACUAGGUGCUGCAGAGUUCUGCUUCCACGCGGCUCGUCAGUACACACUAGACAGAAUCCAGUUUGGAGUACCCCUCGCCAGAAACCAGCUGAUGCAGAAAAAGAUGGCUGACAUGUUGACAGAAAUCACCAUUGGCCUGCAGGCCUGUCUACAACUGGGGAGACUCAUCGAUGCCAAAAAGGCAGCCCCUGAGAUGAUCUCUAUGCUAAAGAGGAACAGCUGUGGGAAGUCCCUGGACAUCGCCCGGCAGGCCAGAGACAUGCUGGGAGGAAACGGCAUCUCUGACGAGUACCACAUCAUCCGCCAUGUUAUGAACCUGGAGACCGUCAACACAUACGAAGGUACCCAUGACAUCCAUGCCCUGAUCCUGGGCAGAGCCAUCACUGGACUGCAGUCUUUCACUGUUAAUACCUAACUGCCUGUUGCUAGUGCUCAAACAGACCACUAACAGAAACCUCAAGUCAAUCUGUUCCUUAAACAAAGGACAAGUAGUUCUACACUGCUUUGAUGGCUUGUCUUCUACAGAAACACUGACGCUAAUGUUGCUUCUCUCUUGAGUUUGUAGAAUAUGGGCUGGUUUUCUGGACACAGAUUAAGCUUGGCCCUCGACUAAAAAGCAUGCUCAAUGGAGCAUUUCGAUUGAAAUAGCUUUUUAGAACAGGACUAGGCUUAGUCUGUGUCCGGGAAACCAGUCCUAAAUCUAUAUUUUAUGCGAAAGACUUGCCUUUAAAACUUGACCUGGUCUAUCAUCGAUCUCAUGGACAAUUCAUGAGUGUAAUUAUUUCAAUUUGAAAAACAAAGCUAUUUUUCUACUCUGUCAUAAAACCCUAGUACUUACUGGUUAGUUUGGACAAUUUCUGACUACAAUGUUUUUGUAAUAGUUUCUAUACUGUGGAAGUUAAGAUGGUUCAGAAUGAAUCACUGUUUCCUCACAACAUUUGUAGUAAAAUAGUUGUUGGACAAACAUUUUAAAAUUAGGUCAAGAUCCAUACUUAUGUCCUGAGUUUUUAGAACUGUGAUGGUACUAAUGACCAGUUAUUGGUAAUUGAAUGCCAAAUAAAUGAUACUACAUUUACUGUUAGUUUAAAAAAAAUAAGUUAAAUCAAUUGAAGUUAAGUAAAUAAAUGAAAACAGUUUAUAUAAUCAUGCCAUUGCUUUUUUAUAAUUGAAUAGAUGUAUUUAUGACUUACCAUUUAGGCAGAUCAGAGAGAUUUGUAUUUUGGGGUACAGGACAAUGAAUGCUGUUUGCACUUUAUGUUUGCUCUCCUCAGAACUCAACCAGGUGUAAAUGUUAUGGAUGGUUUGAAUUGCACUGUCAAGGGUUAAUUCAAGAUUUUCACGAAUAACGCUUGCAGUACUUUCAUGGUCGUUGAAAUGUCCUUUUGCUGGCAAAGUAAGUGUUGUAGUAAUGCUCACUAUCUAAUGCUAAAUUAGUCUCUUGUUUAUAAAUUAAUUGUCAUCAACAGGUGGUCCAUUUAAUCCAGAGUGGUUGGAGGAUUUUUGGAUUACUCAUCCUUCAUUUCGUGGUAGUGUUUUGAAUGUUCCUAUUUGAAGUAACAUGGAGUGUUUUAUAAAGUGAAUCAAAAAAGACGAGGGGGUUGGGGUUAUUCCAUGAAGUGUAUUUUGCAUAUGAUAUAGAAAUUGUGCACCAUUAUUGAAUUUUAAAAGCCUGUUACAUUAAAUGAAGUGCCCUUUAAUAUAGACCACAUGCAGAAUUCAAUAAAUCAGAUAUCUAUUAUGAAUAAAGACUUGCUAAAUUGACUAAAUUCAGUAUGUUGACAUGCCCCUCUGUGCACUCUUGACUUCUGAAAGAUUUUAAUGCACUUAACCUCAAGUUUUCACCGUCAUUGUGAAGCUGUAGUUAUUUUGUUGCUUUUGACAAGGUAAUUCGCAAAUAUUUAUUUUGAUAAAUUUCUAUACAUUUUAACGUCAACACUUAUGUGAACUGAACUCGUUUUCUCUAUUGUUUCUAAACAUUGAACAUCUAAUUGUCAAAUCAUAGUGUAAAAGCAGGUUCUACUCUUUUUGACAAUUUUCUGGUGUUUAGUGAUGGAAAACUGAGUGGAUGGAGUAUAACAUGUCAACCCUGUUACCCAUGGAUAGACAGGCUAGAAAUGUUUUAACAAUUUAAUUUGUUGGGUGAAGCUUGCAUUCAAUUGCCACUGCACACAACAAGCUUCCAAUCCCUGUCACAAGGGGAUUUAUGGCAGCUUUAAGAAGUUGUCAACCCUGUUACUUGUUAUUAUUUUUUAUUUUUUUUUGGCACUUACUAUAGUCAUUAUUUUUAUUUAACUUAUUUUGGUAACUUUUUUAAUGAAGUUCUCUGCUCUUUAUAACAAUUAUUUUUUUAUAUAUAUACCAAGUUACACUUCUCCAAAGGCACUGAAUUGGUGGACCGACCCAUAGGCAUUUAGGUGAAUGUUUUGGAUUCUAAACUGAGCACAAGCGUAUAUUCUGGUCCAUUUAAAUAUGUUCUAUAAUGCAAUUUGGUCAUAACUAGUGUGGAUAUUUUUCAUACCUAUGUAAUAAUUUAAUAAACAAAAGCUUCUUCCAACA